AUGGUGGUGCAGCCAGGGGGUGGGGUGGAUGACAAGACAGCUGUGGUGACUGGUGAGCAUGAGGUGGUCCCUGAAUUCAUUUGUCAUUUAAAAAGCCAAUUUACUUUUCCUUCUUUUCUUUCCUGUAAAGGUAGAAACCUGUGGGUUCUUGUUGUGGGGCGGUCUCCAAAGGAACACAGAAUUGGGAUUCCGGAGUUCAAAUAUGUGGCGAAUAUGCAUGGAGAUGAGACUGUUGGGCGGGAACUGCUGCUCCAUCUGAUCGACCACCUCGUAACCAGUGAUGGCAAAGACCCUGAAAUCACAAAUCUGAUCAAUAAUACCCGGAUACACAUCAUGCCUUCCAUGAACCCAGAUGGAUUUGAAGCUGUCAAAAAGCCUGACUGUUAUUACAGCAUCGGAAGGGAAAAUUACAACCAGUAUGACUUGAAUCGAAAUUUCCCCGAUGCUUUUGAAUAUAAUAAUGUCUCAAGGCAGCCUGAAACUGAGGCAGUCAUGAAGUGGCUGAACACGGAGACAUUUGUCCUCUCUGCAAACCUCCACGGUGGUGCCCUUGUGGCCAGUUACCCAUUUGAUAAUGGUGUUCAAGCAACUGGGGCAUUAUACUCCCGAAGCUUAACUCCUGAUGAUGAUGUUUUUCAAUAUCUUGCACAUACCUAUGCUUCAAGAAAUCCCAACAUGAAGAAAGGAGAUGAGUGUAAAAGCAAAAUGAACUUUCCGAAUGGUGUUACAAAUGGCUAUUCUUGGUAUCCACUCCAAGGUGGAAUGCAAGAUUACAACUACAUCUGGGCCCAGUGUUUUGAAAUUACAUUGGAGCUGUCAUGCUGUAAAUACCCUCGUGAGGAGAAGUUGCCAUCCUUUUGGAAUAAUAACAAAGCCUCAUUAAUUGAAUAUAUGAAACAGGUACACCUAGGUGUAAAGGGUCAAGUUUUUGAUCAGAAUGGAAACCCAUUACCCCAUGUAAUUGUGGAAGUCCAAGACAGAAAACAUAUCUGCCCCUAUAGAACCAACAAAUAUGGAGAGUAUUAUCUCCUUCUCUUGCCUGGGUCCUAUAUAAUAAAUGUUACAGUCCCUGGACAUGAGCCAUACCUUACAAAGGUAAUUAUUCCAGAGAAAUCCCAGAACUUCAGUGCUCUUAAAAAGGAUAUUCUGCUUCCAUUUCAAGGGCAAUUGGAUUCUAUCCCAGCGUCAAAUCCUUCAUGCCCAAUGAUUCCUCUGUACAGAAACUUGCCAAGCCACUCAGCUGCAACAAAGCCUAGUUUGUUCUUAUUUUUAGUGACUCUUUUGCACAUAUUCUUCAAACAAAGUAAAAUGUGAAACUCAAGCCACAUCACCACCUGGAAUCAGGGAUUACUCACUCCAGGUUACUGCAACCCUAACUCACUCUAGUGGGACCUUGACUUGAGAAACUCCAGAAUCUUCCUGAAGAAAAGUGGAUGUUUCUAAAUUCUGCAAUAAGCAGUAUGUAGUGAUAAUGAGAAGAAUGAGUCAGUCUUGAUGAUGAAUGGAAGACACAUACCUAGCACGUACUUCUCAUUUACACUCAAAUUAAUCUUGAAGUUGUCUUAAAAUUUGUAAGAAGUUAAAACUUGAGAAGCAAAAAAAUGCCUUCCAAAGGAAGAUAAUUUUGUAUCCAGAGAACCGGAUGAAUAUAAGCAAUAAAGAUGAACAUUUAUUGAUCUUCUACAUACAAGACCUCACCAUGAGGCCAGACAUGGUGGCUCACGCCUUGUAAUCCCAGCACUUUGGGAGGCCGAGGCGGGUGGCUCACCCACCAGCCUCAGGAAUUCAAAACCAGCCUGGCCAACAUGGUGAAACCCCGUCUCUACUAAAAGUUAACGGAGCGUGGUAGCAGGUGCCUGUAAUCCUAGCCACUCGGGAGGCUGAGGCAGGAGAAUUGCUUGGACCUGGGAGGCAGGGGUUGCAGUAAGCCAAAAUUGCACCACUGCCCUCCAGCUUGGGCAACAGAUUGAGACUCUGUCUCAAAAGAAAAAAAGACCUCACCGUGAGUGCUAUAUGUGAAGAGAUAGUAAGUGCCAUCCAUAUAUUUUUAGUUCUCAGAGAAGGGAGAAAUUAUAGGACUGAGAAUUGUUUUGCAAAUGUUCUAGGAGAUGUGAGAGAAAAUAUGCAAGCAUAUUUGAGUGGCCCAAGAAAAUACAAGCCUGAAGGUAAAAGAUUGUGUCUCUAUAGAGCAUCAAAGCACACAAGUCAAUUAAGUAAGCCCCUCUCCCUCCAGAGCCACGUGUCCAUAGAUUUUGGCACCUGGCACCACAGUCGUCUGUUAGGCUGAUGACUCCAAGGGUAUAACUCUAGCCUCUUGCCUGAGCUUCAGACUCACAUCCCACUGCCCACUGGACACAUGCACCUGGAUGUGACUCACAGGUACCUCAAACCUAUCAUGUGGAGAUACUCAUCCUGUUCCGCCUAGAGCUGCUCUUCCUGCUGCAUUGUCUUUCUCAGUUACUGGGACCGCCAAGCUAGGAACCUUGGAGUCAUCCCUGAUACUUUCUCCUCCUCCUUAAUCCCAUGUAUUCAGCAAGUAACUAAAGAUUGGUGUUGGCUGGGCAUGGUGGCUCAUGCCUGUAAUCCCAGCACUUUGGGAGGCCAAGGCGGGCAGAUCACUUGAGGUCAGGAGCUUGAGAUCAACCUGGCCAACAUGGUUAAACCCCAUCUCUACUAAAAAAAAAA